AUGUGUGAGCCAGCUAAAAGAGAUCACAGCUAUCUUGUAUAUCAUUUUGAAAUGGGGUCUGUGGAUGGGACCUACUCCAACAUUGCAUUUGGAAACGACGAAUCUUCGGCUGGAUCGAAGAGAGAAAAUACCGCGUGGGACACGAGCCAGACGGAAACAAAUCCAGUGAAAAAAGAGAACUCAAGUCAGUGCAAAAACAGUCAACACACAUACGAGACAGUUGACAGAAAUGCAAUCUUUGGAGGUGAGAAUUGGGAGAGGGAAAAGAUGGACGUCCACAGCCCCUGGUUUAAUAGUGAGAAGAUGUCAGUUCCAGAAGGGCAACGAAAAGAGCGGCGCAAAAGCAUGAACUGUUUUGCAGUUGAAUCAAAUGGUGAUGUCUACGUAAAACUAAGAAAUGAGAAAGAGUCUUCAAGAACGAAAGCGUCCUUCCAGGAAAAUGGCGGGAAGCAAAAAGAACCCGACGAGGAAACAGUCUCGGCAGGAAAUAAGCAAAACAUGUCGACGUUGAAGUUCCGUAAGAGUAUUCAGUUAAUAGCCAUACUGCAAGUGUUGAUUUUCUUAAUGGCUGCCGUCAGUUUGGCUCUUGUGAUUAUGUUAAUAAAUGGAACGAUCGUUAGUUCUGCAGCCGUCAGAGGAGGUAAAAAGAUUGGUUAAAUAUCUUAUUGCUAUAAUAUAUAAAUUCAGAAACACAAAGAGCUAUAAAAGGAAAUUUAACGCUACCAACUGUACUUUUUGAAAACCGCAUCAUAACCUGUAUAACAUCUUGACAUUACAGUGCUUUCUUUCAAAAAUUACUUAAGAGUCUUAACGUAGAUUAGAGGACAAGAAUUUAAAAUCCAAACAGACAAAUAAUCUUAAAUUCGAUCUGGCAUAUUUGUUGCCAUAUUUUUGAUAGUCCCGGCGGUCCGUAGGAGUUAACAUAGUGGGUGCGGCUCCUAACUCGUGUAUAUUAGCGCAAAAAAAAUAUGCGACUAUCAGCAUCAAUUUUUCGCGCCAUUUGGAUCAUCGUGUGUGGGUACAAUAGGUGUGCAAACGUUUUUAGACGCUCGAUAGGUGGCCGCCUGUAAAUUAUGAUUUUUCACUGGAUCACGGCUCUUUCGCUCUUCCAUUAUUUUUUUCAUAAUUGGAGUUUGCAGAUCAAUUACAGGUUGAUUAUGUUCAGUAAAGUAGCGUGACUUCUCCUGGCAAGACUUUGUCGAUUACUCCAAUCAAAUUAGUUAUAGACGCCAAUUUUUUCUUUCAUGGUGAAGUUUUUUUCUUUAGUAGUUGUUUUUCUUUAUUUACUAUUUUAUUAACUCAUUUAUUUUGUGAGAUCUAAGAUUGUGGGAAAGGGAUCCUGCAGCUCACUGAAACAGAUCUCGAACUGUUUUUUUCUUUUCUGUUUUUGUUUUUUUAGUUUCAUUUUCAACUUCCCUGAUUUGUUUAAUCCUACAGCGUCCAACAAAACAAAAGCAAAAUAACGUUAACAAUGUCAUUUUAGCCUUGACAUUGGACUCUGAACCAAAUUAAACUCACAUGCAAAUCACACCACACCCUCAUGUUCUGAUAUUAAUUAAUAAAAGUACUACAGCCCAAUUCCCCCUGUAUAAGUUUCUGGCACGUUUUAAUAACACACUACAUUAAGAUAACGCUUUACUUUUCGGAGCAAUGUCUUGAGAUCGUUCCCAAUCAAAAGAAGCAAAAAAGAGGCGAUCAAAUUAAAAGAGCAACUCGGUGCACAGACAAUUAGCUCAAGCUCGAAAUAUGUGCAUCGGCAGUGUUGCAUAACCUUCGAAUUAUGCCCGAAUUUGUCUGAACCAUUUUUUUCUGAAACCUUAACAUUUGAAAGAGAUUUGAAGAGAAGAAAAGGCUUAUCUCACUCACGUUGAAGUUUUUCUUCCUUUUUGUGUGGUCUGCGCGCCAAUUUAUGGCCAUUUUUGGGGUUUUUGUAGAACCUCGUUUGCUUUUAUCAGGGGCACCCAACGAGAAUAUAGUUCAAAACCAGUUAAACAUAGCAUUGUUGAACGUAUUUUAGUAUUUAAACAGUAGAUAUAGGUAUAUUUUUAUCCCCUAAAAAUUUUUCAUCUGUGCGGAUUUCGUAGCUGAAAGUCUAGUGAUCCGAAAACCAUGAGGGAUCAAAACUUACCUUUUCGAAAAUUUCAGCCAGAAAAAAGACUCCUGAAAAUUCUAGGUGACCUUUUUAGGGUAAAAGUCCGUUAAAAAUGGGUAAUUAUACCAUUUUUUAGAUGUUCGAAAACCCUAGGAGAGGCAGGCAAGCAAGAAAUUUUACAACAAAUGUUCCGAAAAUUCUAGAUCUCAAAUCGUCUUCUGAACAGAUAUUUUCCAAAAACUGACGUUGGGUGCCCCUGUUUUAUUUCGCAGUGGCGACGUUCAUAUUUCGAGCUUGGGUGUCCUGUGCACAGGUUGCCAUUUCUCUCGUCUGGUUAGAUUGUUAUUUCUAAAAAAAAAACAUUUAACAAUUAUCUAAAAAUUCUCAAAAAAGUAAUUCUAACAAGGAAUUCAAACUAACUGGACAUUUUAGAUAUCGAUUGAAAUCUAGGCGGGAUUAAAAGAUCUGAUAUAAAGGGAACAUAUGCAAGACAUAGAGUACAUACAAUGCCUUUUUUUGUUUUUUUCAGAUGCAGCAAAGCCAGAAAAACAAACUGACGUCCCAUGUAAUGCUCAAGAAAUGAAAGAAGAGAUUGCUAAACUAAAAGAAGAGCUGGACAACGCUAGAGAAGAGCUGCAAAAAUUAAAGAAUACAAGUGACUUCCUGAGAAAGGAACUUCAGGAAAUGAAAAAUUUUACACCAGUAGGGAUAGCAAAGAAUGUUACAACUAAGGUUUGCAAGUUUCGUGUGAUUUUAGUAUUUUAUCUUAUUUUACAUUUUUUACAUAUCUCGGAUGGGAAGAAAAAGAUUUAGUGUUUUCUAGUGACAUACACUGUUUUGUUACUUAUCUAAAUACAUACAUACUUACAUACAUACUUUAUUAGUAUAUACACACUCAGUGAUCUUGGUGAUUUAAGCAAUCUGAUUGGUUCGCUAUCUCGGGCUAUUCAACAAUAUUCACCUCCUAGCGAGUGGAUAAUUAAUGUGUGAGCGCGGAUUUUUUCCCAUUUUCUUAGAGAAAGAUCUUUUAAAAGUCGACAAAAUCCUAGGGUUGACUUUUCUUCAGGCAAGAAAAGACUUCGAAGGAUUCAAAACGGCGUUUUUCCAUUUACUGUUGUUGAAUUUUGUGGUCGAUGGAUUGUUUACAACUCCCGUUUAUUCGCCUAGAAGAGGCCGUUUCGUGAACUCAGCGUUUCCUAACAAGAAAAAUUUGGCCCAAAAACGAAGUUUCUCUAUGACAAACAAAUCUGAAAGCAAAUGUUUGCAGAAAUUCUACGUUUCAAGUAAACACGAGAAAGAAUGCUACGUGAAGACGACGUCUUACCUCGAGGAACCGAAUCGCCAUUUUUGUCAGCACUUCAUGCGAAGAACGACACAACAAACCUUUUCGGCUAUAAACUUGGCAAGUCAACAGAAAACAUCAAAGCUCUUCUUUUCGUCUCAGGUAAGGAAACAAUUCAAACUUUUAGCGGUUCCAUUUAAGUCAUUACGCUGUUGUUUGCGAAGUGAUAAGCUUGUGAAUUGCCAUGUUUGAAAAUUCUACAAAGAUCUAUUUUUAAACUGUCGCGUGUCUAGCUGACCUGAUCUGUCAAUCAAAUCGUACUUUUGAAUGGUUUCCUCUCUGAUUUUAUUGAGAUCACUUCGUGUGUAUAUACUAAAACAAUUAUUCUUUUCAAUCUCGGUGAAUAGUGGCUUUAGGAAUAUUUACCUCGCCACUUCGUGGCUCGGUAAAUAUUUUGCCACUAUUCACCUCGAUUUCAAAGAAUAAUUGUUAAUUAUUUCCUCCCCAAAGGGGCUUUUCAGGAACAAUGAUUAUAUACACCUUAUUCGAUGGUUUAGCAUAUAAUAGGUGCGGAUAUUUUGCAAGUUGCGUAGUAUUUUUCCGAGCCCCGCAGGGGCGAGGAAAAAUACGAGCAAUGAGCAAAAUGUCCGCUCUUAGUAUAUGCUAAACCAUCGAAUAAGAGGUUUAUUAUUCCACUACAAGAAAAAAAUUAUCUGGCAAUUGGCUUCUAUUUUUUGGUGAGAGUAUUCAGAGACAUCCUGAUUCUAUCUGAGAGAAUGACGAAUUAGCAAAAUGUUCGCGCCUAUUAUAUGCCAAACCAUAUGAGAGGUUAAUUAUUUUACUGCAAAAGAAAAAUGGUAUUUUGGCUUCUAUUUUCUAAUGAGAGUAUCCAAAACAUCCUGAUUCUGUCAGCCACAGUUGCUCCUUUUGCAUCCGCUGGUAUUCGCCCUGUUGUAAACCGGUUAAACCAGGACACUACGGUGUAUUACGGCCUCGUAUUUUGCUUGUUCUCUUGACCUUAUAUGGUAAAAUGACAAAAAAGUGGAAUAAUAAAUUACAUUAUUUAUAAUAACUAAUUACAACACUUAAUGUAAUACUAAUCACAAUGUAAGCUAAUUACUAAUUACAAUGUUUUAAACUUAACUAAGAAGUAUUUACAAAAUUAUCUAAAAGCUGGCUCCUUAAGAAGCGUUUAAAAAUUUCAACAGAUGGGCUUAACUCAAGAAAAGAUUCCACACUGUUCCAGAGUUUGAUUAACAGUCCUGUAAUAAAAGGUUCUCUGUCCGGAGGCAGUUCUGAAAAGAGGGAUGUUUAGCUCUUGGCUACUCCCAGUUGUUCGUUCGCUAACUUGCUCACUGGUAAUAAAUUGGGGUUGUAAGAUAUUCAGGGGCAUGACCGGUCAUGGAUUUGAAGGCCAUAAUAGCUUGGCGUAGUACAGUUGGUCCUUAGCAGGCAACCAAGACAGGCUUUUUAAGAAGGGUGUUGCAUGAUCAUAUUUUUUCGCACCGCUGACGAUUCGGCAAGCAAAGUUUUGAACCGCCUGCAAUUUUCGAACAGUAGUACAUUUUGCUGAAGACUAAGGCAUGUAUUACGGUUAACAACGUUUAUUAUUCAUUCACAAUAUUUCCCCGAUUCUGAUUGGCUAAAAGCACACGCAUAAUUCACCAUAACCAGUUGCUGAUGACCAAAUUUGGAAGAAUUUUGUGUUUAACGAGGAAAUGACGUCAAAACUGCAGCGUUUUUGCUGUUUAAUGCACCGUUAACCGAGAAGACCUGGGGACGAGGUUGAGUUGUUUUGGUUGUGGAAACAAAAAUGGCGGACAUUUCACUUGUUUCAAGAGUAAGAACUAGGCGAAAUAAUAGCUAAAACCAUGGUAAGAACAGCAAGAAGACAACUGGAAGGGCGGCAUCUGCUAUUUGGAGAAUAUUUGCGGAGCUGAACAACCCUAAACGUGCACUAUCGAAGAUGAACUUAACAUCAAUGGAUCGAUGGAGGCAAGCAUGUUUUAGCUAUGUUUUUAAACUAGGAAUUAUUUUGAAUGAAUAAUGAAACAAUUAUUGAAUUCGGCGUUCGUAUCAUAUGAAGGGCCUACGGCCUACGGCCUUGACGGAUAACACCCUCCUCGAUCUCCAUAAUUUUUCAUAAGAUACUUAGCCUCAUUCAUUAAGACACUGAGGUCGUUGCAUGAUUACCAAAUGUUAAGUUCGGAUCCAAAAUCACGCCAAGAUCUCUCGCUGAUUGCACUGGGGAAAUGUCCUUUCCCAACAAAGACAAGUGAAAUUCAUGGAGCUUAGAGGUCAUCUGUCGGCUCCCGAAAACAAUUAAUUUUGUCUUGUCUGGAUUCAGUAGUAGCCGAUUUCCGAAGCACUAGUUGCGCAACUGCGGGAGAUUUUCAUUCAUUUCUUGGACAAUCCGUUGGGAGUCGUGUAAAUUAAAGGAAACAAACAUUUUGUAUCGUCUACAUAGCAUUCUGUUGAGCAAUGCCUUUGAACUUCUGGUAGAUCAUUUACGUAUGUGCUAAAUAACAGGGGGCCUAGAAUACUUCCUUGAGGAACGCCACAUUCAAAUGGAAGAGGUUUAGAAACAGAACUAUGAAUUUGUACAACUUGAUAUCUGUUUGUAAGGUAGCUGUUAAACCAUUUUAGCGCGCCAGUUGCGGCGCCGACGCUUUGUAUUUUGCGUAACAAUAUUUGGUGGUCAACGCUGUCGAAGGCUUUACUCAUAUCUAAAAGCACGCAGGCAGUCGAUUUCUUAUCAUCAAUUCCUUUGAGAAAUGCAUCAGUUGUGUGAAUUAAAGAUGUCUCAGUAGAGAACCAUUUUUUGUUGCCGCUUUGUUUUGUGGUAAGCCUUUCCUUGGUUGUCAAAUAGGUGACAAACUGAUUAUAAGCCACUCUCUCGCGAAAUGACAAUGCUGGUAGCAGGAAAACCGAUCUGUUAUUGUUAGGAAGUUCGUGGUUGCCUUGUUUGGGAGUAGGUGUAAUUUCGGCGGUUUUUAAUCUACUUGUAGGUCAAAAAAAGUUCUGAGAGAGCAGAAAAAGUCAGCUUCGAGUUGAUGCUUAACUCCUCUCAACAAAGUGUAAAGAAUAUUUUGUCAGCCGUAUGGAGUUCUUUAAACACGACUGAUAAAGAACGCCGCGAAGAAGCAACAUCUCUACGAUUUAUGGCCAAUUCAACAAAGGCAGAAAUUCGGAAGGUACUGAAUAUAUAUUAUGAUCCGUCAAAUUAAAUGUUUAAUUUCUUAGUGCUACAAAGAACUUGGAUGGACUUUUUACAGUUUAACAAACAUGUAUUUAGGCUAUUGUAUGUGUGUUUUAAACGUCUGCAGUUCUCUCUUGUCAACUAGUGUGUAGAAUAAACAGUCUAUUAAUUUUCAUGAAUUCCUAGUUCCUCCGUCGAUGUUUUGUGUUGCUAUUUUUUUCUUUCUGAAUAAAAAAGUCAAACAGUCUACAACCCCUUUUGAAUGUUUUCUUUCCCUACUCUGCUUAUAAAUAAGUCCCGAAAAAGUCUGAUUUGCCUCUUAUAUGUUCUAUUAACUAAGAUUUGUUGUCUCAAUGAAGGUGUCAGACGGCUUGAAAAAACUUGAAGCUAAAGUACGAGUGGAGGAGAAGCGAUUGAAUGAAACGAUGUAUCUUAAGGUAAAGAUUUUCACAUCAACCCAGAUUGAAGUCGAUCUUGCAAGCAACUAAAUAUGGAGAGGAGACUUAUCCAUUGAGAAUAUGUAUUUUCUUUUCUUUUUUUAACGUCCGCAAAAUUCAUUGCGGGAAUUGAACUUCUAAAUAGAGGCUCCUUGGAUUUCAUUCUUUUUUUUUCAUUUCACCAGGCGACCAGUUAAAUACCCUUCACUUGACACUUCCCUAAUCUCAACUGGCAAGCCUUGUUUUGGAAAUUCUUUUCUGCUCUGAUUGGCUAAAAGCUUUUUGCGCGAAAGUAACUGCCUCUCUCUCCCCUAGGCUGGGAUGUUUCAUGACGAAUCCCCAAAUUUUUUCUCUAUUAUUAAAUAUUAUUAAGUGACGUACUGACUUCUGGGCCUGCAAGACUUUGCAGGAAAUGAAUGAUAAGGAAUGUUUUGUUAAAUUAUUCGUUAUAAUUAACAGGAGAGACAUUCAAAGGACUUGGCAUCCCUGACUAUGUUAAUGAACAGAACAAGGAUGGAUGUGAUGAAUAUGGAAGCCCGCUUGUGGAAAUCAAUGAAUUCAACUGACAAAAAAGGAGAUAACGAAAUAUGGGUUGCACUUAAUAACACCAAAAUGGAUCUGCAACAAAAGGUGAGAAAGGUAGCCCUGACGUGAGCCAAAUACCCCUACAUCAAGUUUGUUACUCAGCCGAUUUAGUGUCCUUCUCCGCCUUGUGGGUAGAAUAUAUUUUGCGAGCGCACUUAAAUCGGUUUUGUAAAAGGCUAAAUACCCUACGUAUCGUAAAUACUCAAAUUUUACCUUACCGCACUCCGUGAUGUUUGACUUAGGCUACAACAGCCAACUUAAAUGACGAAAAUAAUGUAACUGUGUAGUGUGCAACAUCAAUAUAGACCGAGAACAUGAUGUCUCGUAAGAACUGUCCAGCAGUGCAACUUAGUGUAGAUAUAUAUGAACCUCACAAAUAAACGGUGACUUUUUACGCUUAAAUGAACCCUGGACAUGCACAUUAUCCAACGCAACGAGUGAAAUCAAUUCGUCUUUAUAAUAGAUCAUUUGAUUCAAAUUUCCUCAUCCUCCUUCAUAAUGUCGAGGAGACCUAACUGAAGUAAUAUGUGAGAAAAUAAGGUCACUCACAACACGGCAAUCUCACUCGAAUCUCAAGCUAACAGGCUGAGAAAAAAAUACCACAAGAUAAUAAAUGGUGAUAAUUUAUAGCGAGAGCUUGAGCAAAUCCGGUAAUACCUCCCUCUCUCUUCUUUCUUUUCUCAGAUAAACAACAUCAGCAAGAUGGCCGGGCCCAUAGGACCUCCGGGAUUCAAUGGAAGUCAAGGACCCGCGGGACCUAAGGGAUCCAUGGGGCCACCAGGCCCCAAAGGAGCUGGAGACUUCAGCGCAUGUCAGUACGAAACUAAGAAAGGAUUUACUAGUGGAGGAUCAGACGCCUCAGACGCCUCCGUGGACGAACCUAGUGUAAGUUAGUACAUCUUGUAUGUAGGUUUAAUGUUUAUUACUUUUUCCGUCAUUUCAGCAAAAGCUAGUUAAGUUUGCUUUGACCUGAGAAAGGUCAGUUGCUGUGUUCCAAGGCUGACCUUUUUAGUAUUUUGCAAAUUAACAGAUAGAACAGUGAAUCAGAGAUCCCUGAAAGUUGUCUUAUUUCUCUUUUCAGGGUUCGGUUAUAAUCGCAGCGACCUGCUCCACAAACUAUGCUGCAGAAUAUAACCUUCUUUCCACGUUGACACCCCCGAGACGAUAUAUAUGCAAUUGUAAGGGAACGUCAGGCGAAUUUCAUCCUGGUACAGGCGUGUCUAAGACAUGCUACCUUCACUAUUGGCUCUGCCCCAAAACUUAA